AUGGACAACAAUGAAAGCAGUCCUGCCGCCAAACCACGGCCUCUUGCAUCUAUAUUCAUGUACAGUGUGGCAUUUAUUCUUGGCACAACGGGCAACGGGCUGGUCAUCUAUGUAACAGGUUGCAAGAUGAAGAAGACAGUGAACACAGUCUGGUUCCUCAACCUGGCAGUGGCAGACUUCGUCUUCACAGCUUUCCUCCCUGUCACCAUUGUCAAUAGCUCUAGACGCUAUGACUGGCCCUUUGGGGAUUUCCUCUGCAAACUCAACACCCUGGUUGUGGUGCUCAACAUGUUUGCCAGCAUCUUCAUCCUGACGGCAAUUAGUAUCGACCGCUGCCUGUGUACAUGGGUGGUUGUGUGGGCCAAGAAUAAGCGCACCCCACGCAAGGCUGAGAUAAUCUGCAUUAUCAUCUGGUUAGCUGCUUUGGGCUGCAGUCUCCCAUAUGCUAUCCCUCGGGCAGCCAUUUCAGAGGGGAAUGGUACUUUAUGUGCACACAAAAACGAAACUAUUGAAACAUUUACAAAUGAGGUUAUGUUUCGCUUUUUUGCAGGGUUCCUCAUACCCUUUCUGGUCAUUGUAGUUUCUUACAUUGCUAUUGGUGUACGCAUCAGAUCCCUCCAGUCAAAGAAGAUUUUCAAGUCCAUCCGAAUCAUUCUGGCUGUAGUCAUGACUUUCAUACUUUGCUGGCUGCCUUUUCACAUCUUUCAGUUCUUGUUGGUAAAAUGGAGUAAAAGUGAAUACGAUGAGGCCCUUGACAAAGCCAUAAAUAUUGGGAUGCCUUUGUCCACCAGCUUGGCUUUCUUCAACAGUUGUCUGAACCCAUUCCUUUAUGUCUUCAUGUGUGAAGACUUCAAGAAAAAGCUCCGUCAGUCCAUCCUGACGGUCCUGGAGGGGGCCUUUUAUGAAGAGCUGCCCUUAUUGAGUGUCUCCCGCGCUUCCACGUUUGUAAAGGUGGAAGUCACUGAACUCAGAGACGCAGAGGGAAACUCCCAGUCCUUCUAG